GCCUGGUACCAUGAAAUUAUUCAAAAAGCUCUGCCAACUUUAAAAUAGUGUUUUCAGAUCCCUCCAAGACACAGUUUUUACUCGGACUUUGGAGAAUACACAGGCAAGGAAGAGAGAGAGAGUGAUAUAGACGGAAUAGGGCAAGAGAUAGGUGUUGAACACGCAAAUCCCUGAAGCAGAGGGCCCGGGCGGGUUAGUCGAGGCAUUGAGAGGCAGACGGAGAUAGAAGACUCUGGGAAGAGCUGGUGGCUGAUGCCGAUGAUGCAAGCAACGAGGGGACAGGCCGAACGGCAGGUUGGGGGCACACUGAAUCUGAACCACUAUGCCACAAAGAAGACAUUAGCAGAGAGCAUGCUGGACGUUGCCCUAUUGAUGGCUAAUGCUUCCCAACUGAAAGCAGUUCUGGAACAAGGCCCACAAUUCAGGUACUACAUCACAGUUCUGGUCCUCAUUGGAUCUUCACUGCUUUUGCAGGUACUGGCUGGUGUCCUGUUUGUUGCCAUGGCUCGUAAGGACCUGAACAAUGUAGCCAACCAGAGGAAACUGGAUAUUAUGAAUAAUGUGGCCACUGGACUAGUCUUCAUCACCACCAUCAUUAAUGUCUUCAUCACCGCGUUUGGAGUACAGAAGACCGGACUGUACCUAAAAACCUAGCCAGGAGACUGGACCCCGGGCGUGUAACCCCAAAACCCAGACGGCUGUCUUGACCUGUAACCAAAAACCUGGACAAGGGAACCCCAAACCUAGAGAGGCAUAAAACAUAAAACAUAAACACAGAAAAAUUACACACAAUACACAACAUAGUCAAUGACCUACAUAUUAUUACAUUUUAUAAGGAGAAAGUGUGACUUUUUAAAUAUGAAAUCAGAUAAAAGUCUCCAUGCAGAUUUUUAAAUCAUCGCUUUGUCAAAUAAAUAAAUGUUCAUAUACAUGAACAUAUUAUUAUUAUAACUCCAAAAUGUAUACCAAUGUAUUUUAU